GCUCUCCCGCUCACCUCCGAUGGCGCUCUGCACAUCUUCCAUCUCUCCCUGUUCGACCCUCCGACGGCAACCCACCCAAUUCCCCUUCCUCCACCCUCCGCCCUCCUCGCCGCCGCCGACCUCGCUCCCCCGAAUCGCCCGCUCCAAUCCCCUCCCGUUCGCGCCGCUGUCCGCGAGAGCCUCGGCCCGCCGAUCGGCGGCGCCCGUGCCGGCCGCUUCCAAGGGCGGCGGCGGCCCGGCCCGAGGCGGCGACGGGAAGAGCCCCGCCGCGAAGGAGCAGGCCAAGGCGGGAGGAGAUGAGGAGGAGGGAGAGAUGGUGGAGGUGGAGGAGGACCUGCCGUGGAUACAGGAGAAGGCGCUCGACCUCGUGGAGUUCACCGGCUCCGUCACGCAGGCGAUUCCCGGCCCUAGGGUCGGCUCCAGCUCCCUGCCGUGGAUGCUCGCCGUCCCUCUGGCGUACGUCGGGAUCAGCUUCGUGAUUGCCUUCGUCAAGACGGUGAGGAAGUUGGGCUCUCCCAGAGAGAAGCGCCGGAGAUUGGUGAACAAAAAUGCUAUGCUGUGUAAAUCAAUUGAUGAGCUAUUUCAGAAGGGGACUGAAGUGCAGCCCUCUGAUCUCGAGGGAAUUGUGAAGAAGACAGGUUUUGGCAUGGAGGACGUGUUGCGAAAGUAUAUCAGAUAUGCGCUGAAUGAGAAGCAAUUUAACCCAGAAGUAAUUGCCAACUUGAUACAGCUUAGAAAAGCUUCUAUGUUGGAAGAUUCUCAGGUUGCGGAGACUAUCAAUGACAUCUCUCACCGCAUUGUUCGUGACAAGGGCCCAGUGGUCAUGAACAUGGCAGGGUAUUCUGAGAAGGGUUUCAAGAGGAAACUUGCUGUGCAAGCUCUUUUUGGGAAGGUCUUCUAUUUGUCUGAGUUGCCAGAGUUUUGUUCACAGGAUAGCUCCUUGAUAGUCAAGGAAAUUUUUGGGGUCGCAGACGAAGAUGCCGACAAGCUUCGAUUGCACACCCUCUCUGAAGCUGGGGAUUUGGAUUCGCUGGAGAAGAUGGUCGACGAUUCUGAUUCAGAAGAUUCAGAGGAAAGUCCAUCCGGUUCUCCUCAACCAACUUGAUUUUAUAGCAGCUGGACUUGAUAUGUAACUCUUGACUCAGUUUCGGGGUCGGUCCUUGCCUGUGGGAAUCCUUGGUUCAGCACACCCUUCCACCUCCUGAAUUGUCUGAAGAAAAAACACGGAAGGAGGAUGAAGGGAUUUUCUUCAUGUGGCAGAAAUUGCAAAGGUUUCAUUCUAGAUCUCCUUUUGGAGCUUUUCCUGUCCAGAAAUUUUGGGGAGUUCAGAGUUGUUUGUUUUCCUUUUGUUUUUUCUCGUAGUGUUUUUUUAAUGUGAUACAGGUUCAGCGUUCGAUUUUGGGUUGUGACUGCUUGUUGUACCAAGAUAGUAACACAUGGAAUCUUUAACAAAUAAAGAGAUUUCAUUUGACUGACAGCAGAAAAUUUCGAAAUUCUGCGGUUGUUCUCUUCUGUCC